AUGGAGGUUCUGCGGCGGCGAGUGACUGUGGUUGUGUGUCUGGCGCUGGUGGCAAUCGCCGCCGGGCAGAAACUCUCGCUCAAGGAGCGCCGGACGGCGGUGUUUGACUCGCUGGCCAACCACCCGGGACUGAAGUUCCUCGACCUGGAGUUUUGCGGCACGGGCUCUGAGGCGCAGAUCAGCCGCGGCCCGCUCGGCUGCGGUUUCCCGGUGGUGGGCGACCACCCGUGGCUGGUGGCGCUCGGCUUCCGGGCCCCCGGCGGUCGCAUCACCUACACCUGCGCCGGAGCGCUGAUCAGCGACCAGUUCGUGGUCACCUCGGCACGCUGCGCGCUCGGCGGACACGAUUUCCCGCUGGCCAAGGUUCGGCUGGGCGAGUACGACUUCGGGACUAGCUCGGACUGCCUCUGGUAUGCGCCCGAGCAGUGUUUACAGUCGCAGGAGAUCGACACGGCUGACGUCAUGGUCCACCCUAAGUUCAAACCGAGCCUGUGGCGGGCCGGAGCGAGCCUCUACGACAUCGGCAUCGUGCGCCUGGCCAAGCCGGUGGUGCUGACGUACGGAAUCCUGCCCAUCUGUCUGCCGAUCUACAGCGAGCGGCCGCCGCCCCGCAGCCAACGAGCCAUCGGCUUUAGCCUGGAGAGCAGUGCACCGAUGACCGACAGUGGCGCCGCCUGCUGUAACUGCUCGCGCGACCGUGGCGCCACCUCUCACGUGAUGGACGCCGUCCGGCUGUCUCACUUCAACGAGACCUACGACGGUCCGGACGCGUGCCGGUACCGGAUGCUGGGCGAGAAGGCCGGCGAGCCAGGCACGUGCAUCGGCGCCGGCGACGGCUGCAUGGCCGACCGGGGCGGUCCGAUGGUGUCCGCCGACAAGUUCGGCUCGGCCUACUUCCUGUUGGGCGUGGCCACGUCCGUCCCCAGUGAGAAGUCGUGCAGUGCACGGAAGGACGCCGAGGUGGUCUACUUGCCGGUGAAGCCGCACACAGAGUGGCUCCUCUCCUCCAUGGACCUUAUAGCGGGCGGCUCGCCGCGUCCAUUCUGA